AUUCUUUCACAAGACCAGAGUCUGAGACUGAAACCGCGACAGAAUGAAUUCGAUGAUGAAGGCAGCUCCGAUUUUGCUCUUCCUCCUCCUUAUUUCGACCCUAGCUUCUGCUAAGAAGGCCGCUGAUGUAACUGAAUUACGGAUUGGUGUGAAGCACAAACCAAAAUCAUGUGAAGUUCAGGCACAUAAAGGUGAUAGAGUCAAAGUACAUUAUCGGGGAAAACUUACUGAUGGAACUGUUUUUGAUUCUAGCUUUGAAAGAGAUAGCCCAAUUGAAUUUGAGCUUGGUAGUGGACAAGUGAUCAAAGGGUGGGACCAAGGAUUAUUGGGAAUGUGUCUUGGUGAGAAGCGCAAGUUACAAAUACCAGCAAAACUUGGCUAUGGAGAGCAGGGUUCCCCUCCGACUAUUCCUGGUGGCGCAACACUCAUUUUUGACACUGAACUCGUAGGAGUGAAUGGGAAAACUUUAACUGAAGAAAAAUCAGACUCUGAGCUCUAGAGAUGGUUCUUCCCAUCAGAAGGACAUGACUUCGGUUAUUCUUGUUAGCUCCCCCCCCCCCCGGGGACUAAAUUAAUGCUUUGUUUGCCAUCAGGCUCUUGACUUUUAAUCCUUAACCCUCUUGCUAAAUUAGAAAGAUAUGGUGGACCCGAUUAUUGCAGUGCUUAUUUAUCAAGUGUUCAGAUUUUACAAGUUUC